AUGAAGUUGAUGAAGUUUAUUGGCAAUUUGAGUAGAACAAAACGGUAAGGCACUGUUGGCCAUGAAAAUGAAAAGUUUAGUCUUUUUUUUGGGAACCGACCAGUGGAUUCAUGGAAGGCCACCAAUCGACUUCAUCAGUUUUGGAAAGACGUCUGCCCGAUCAUGAUGGGUAUAUCAAUCCGGGAGACUGCGGGCUGGGAUUGGUCGUUAGAAAGCAAAAUUUCGGUAAAGAGUUGUCGUAACUUUUGGAAUUUUCGUCAAAACGUUUCGAAAUUUAUAUCAAAAGCGAAUUUAGCUUUUAGCUUUAAACUCAGAAUUUAGGCUAACUUGGCUUUGGUUUUAUUGCCUAAAGGUGUGUCAAAAAAAGAAAGCAUUUUUUCCAAAAUUUUUUCACAAAAAUGAAAUCCGCAAUUUGAAUUUUUUGAAUUUACCGAGGAGCGACCUUUGUGGUUCGAAAUUUUUCAGUAGUUCGGCUAAAAUACGGCGGUCGAUCUCUCGGGGUUCUAAAAAUUGCAAAACUCAAAGAAUAUUGACUUAAGUUUGCCCGUAUUUUACCGUACUAAAAUAGAUUCCGGCGGGAUACCACCAGCCAAAAUUGCGAAUUUUUAUGUAAUAUUUGGCUUGGAUAUUACACUUCACGAUUCAAUAGUAUAUUUUUAAGGCCUUUAGGCCUUUUUAUUGCCAUUUUUUUGGCGGGAUUUACGGUAGAAACCCACCAGCCAAAAAUUAAAUUCAUUAUUUUACGGGUCACAAAUUCAAUCUAAGGUAAUUUCGAGUUGCAACUAAUUAUAAGGUCUUUCAAAAUGAGCUCCAAAUCAAUUUUUUGAGCUCUUUUUUUUGUUUUUUAACUCAAAAUUAUAUUGUUCUAGACGAGUGAAGUAUUGAUAUUUUUGUUAUAUUUUUCCCCUAAGCUUAAGUUAGUCAUCUCAACCCAAGUUAAAGUCUAUUACCGUAUUCAAAGCCGGAUUUGUCAUCAAAAGAUCCAGAAUUUCUGGCAUUUUGAUGACAAAUCCAACUCUCAAAAUCCUCAAAUAAACCCCAAAAAAUCCCAAAAAACCCCAAAAAUUCCAACUUGACUUACCCAUCGGCCGCUCCCCGACGCCAACCACCGGGACGGCAGCGGUGGAAGGCGAAGGGGCCAUCGUCGAGUUGACGGCGUCGCUUGAUGCGGAGUUUUGGCUCAUCUUUCGAUUGAUAGCUGGAACCAGGAUAUUUCGACCGGUGAAUGAGAAAAUUGCCAACGAAUUUUUGGUGAAUUUCUAAUAUGCAAAUUUCGAAUUUUGAUGCAAAUUCGUGGGAAACUGACGUUUUUUUCAGAUUUUCAUUCAAAUUUUUGCAAUUUUUUGGAACGUUUUUUACAACGUGGCGAAAUUUCGGACAUCUUUAUGGAAUUUUGAAGGCUUCAGGACGGGUUUGGACAGGGGUUUUUGGCUGUAUGGCAUACUUUUGGUGAGUUUUGACAAAUUUUAUUCGAUUUCUUUAGCUUUUGAUGUAUUUUUUGAAUUUAUUUAUUUAAUUUUAGAUGGUUCUAUGGCUAAUCUGA